AUGUGAGUGCGCACACUCCACCCACUGCAGUCUGACAGAGAGUCCAACAGGCUCCAGUCGCACUUUUGCUUUGAGCGCGAGGCUGACAGACGCGUCGAGUGUCCAUUUAACUCUUGCCUUAUUACGUCCAGCACGACUACGACCACUUAAAAAGAAAAGGUAAAAUAUCGCGUUUUGAGAAUAUCAACAGAGGAUUAAGGGACUUCACUUUGGAUUUUAUUACGCGGAAUAUCCAUCCGAUAAAACCUUUGAAGAGGAUGUUUCGAGUUUGGGAUAUCUCCCUAAUGAUAUGCUUCUCUGUCUCACUCAUGUUCGUCGGGGUUGAAGGCAUAUCAGAGCUCCCUCCACCAAGGAACCUGACUUUCAAAUGGGAGACACCUUUCACUCUUAAUUUAACAUGGGAAAAGCCAAAGGAUCUUGACCCUGAUUGCAAAGUCAACUACACGGUGGACGUGCGCCACUCUCAGGACUGUCCUGUAAAAGCCAAACCAGACAUGCAAAGAGACAAAAAUAGCCAAAUCAGGAGAGUCCAAAACACGACCUGCAAAUUGAAUAUCUCCAAUGAGAAUGGACUGUGCAUCAGUGUUACAGUGAACCCUGAAAACUGUGAAAACAAAGACCAUAGUCCAUCUUUGGACAUUAGCAUCCCUCCACCUACAGUGAUGCUGGUGAAAAACAGGAGCUAUGAGUAUUCCCAUAACAGGUUGAAGUGCACUUGGAGUCCUAUUGACGUAGUCCAAGACCUUGGUUUUUAUUACUGGUCACCUCAGAAAGAUACGGUCAUAAAGUGCAAUGAUAUGAAGAUUGGAGAAUGCGUCAUACACGAUACACUUCUCAAGGACAUAACGACAAGCAUGUUCUACCUGUUCAAUGGCACUUAUCAGGGUAAACCUGUAAACAACACUUUCAUGGAUGAACGGCCAGCACAAUACGUGAAACUAAACAAACCUCAACUUACGAUCCAGAGAGAUGGGCAGAAUCUCCAUUUUCAAACAAACAUAUCAGAUUUAGAUGAGUUUGGACCUCAGUGCUACAAAUACAACUACACAUACAGCAUGUGCGAUAAGAUUGCGCCAGGAAAGGUCAUAGAAGAUAGCAAGUAUGAAGUGGACUAUGACUCAGACUGCAUGUACAGAGCCAGAGUCCAGAUCAUCUUCUCAGACAAAUGUGGUGCAGGGAAGAGUGACCUGAGUGACGAGGUGGAAUACGGUGAGAACAGAGAUCCGAAUUUGCCUGCAUUGCUGGCUGUCAUUAUUAUCCCGCUCAUAGUUUCCUGUUGCCUGAUAGUGUCUCUUGUGCUGCUCAGAAGGCAUAAAGACAUCAUAUUCCCAAAAAUCCCAGAGCCAACGCUUAUCUUUAAGGACAUGCUCAUCAACAACAUUAGAAUACCAGAGAAUCCACGGAGUCCUACAGAUGGCAGACUGUAUGUCCCUAUUGAAGAAAUCGUAGAAAGCAAGAUAAGUCUUGAACCUGAGAUACCACUUGUACCAAUCACAACAAAUGCGAGGCACAAGCAGGUAUAAAAAUUUCUGAUGACUGAAAAUCUCCAGUACAUCAGGAAGUUUCUCAGGGUGAACUUAAAACUUACACUGACGGGGAAAUGUCUAUGCAAGGAUGAGGAUUAAACUCCUGUUGUCUGUUUAAUCUGUUGAUGAAUAAUGAACUCGGGCUCCACCUACAUUUUUUGAAUGGACUUCAACCUCACAUAUUACAGUUGCCAGUAAAUUGCUCUUCUUGGCACGACAGUGGCUUGUUUUCAUUGAAUGUAUUGUGAAGAUAAGAAAA